AACGUCCCCCGGAAGUGGAGCCCGGGACUUCCACUCGUGCGUGAGGCGAGCGGAGCCGGAGACGAGACCAGAGGCCGAACUUGGUAUCUGACAAGAUGGCCGGGCUGCCCCGCAGGAUUAUCAAGGAAACUCAGCGUUUGCUGGCAGAACCAGUUCCCGGCAUCAAAGCAGAACCAGACGAGAGCAACGCCCGUUAUUUUCAUGUGGUCAUUGCUGGCCCCCAGGAUUCCCCCUUUGAGGGAGGGACUUUUAAACUUGAACUAUUCCUUCCAGAAGAAUACCCAAUGGCAGCCCCUAAAGUACGUUUCAUGACCAAAAUUUAUCAUCCUAAUGUAGACAAGUUGGGAAGAAUAUGUUUAGAUAUUUUGAAAGAUAAGUGGUCCCCAGCACUGCAGAUCCGCACAGUCCUGCUAUCGAUCCAGGCUUUGUUAAGUGCUCCCAACCCAGACGACCCGUUAGCAAAUGACGUAGCGGAGCAGUGGAAGACCAACGAAGCCCAAGCCAUAGAAACAGCUAGAGCAUGGACUAGGCUAUAUGCCAUGAAUAAUAUUUAAAUCGAUCUGAUCAUCAGUGUGCAUCAUUUCUCCUGUUCUGCCAAGACUUCUUCCUUUUUUUGUUUGCAUUUAAUGGACACAGUCUUAGAAACAUUACAGAAUAAAAGCCCAGACAUCUUCAGUCCUUUGGUGAUUAAAUGCACAUUAGCAAAUCUAUGUCUUGUCCUGAUUCACUAUUGUAAAGCAUGAGCAGAGGCUAGAAGUAUCAUCGGGAUUGUUGCGAAACGUUUAAAAGCAGUGGCCCCUCUCUGCUUUUAUUCAUUUCCCUCAUCAUGGUUUAAGUAUAAAGCACUGUGAAUGAAGGUAGUUGUCAGGGUUAGCUGCAGGGGUGUGGGUGUUUUUCUUUGUUUUUGUUUUGUUUUUUUGAGGGGGGAGGUAGUUUUAUUUUAACUUUAUGGGCUCCUUCCUCUCCCCCCCUUUUAUGGCGAUCUAAUUGCAAUGGUUAAAAGCAGCUAACCAGUUCUUUAGAAUAUGCUCUCUAGCCAAGUCUAACUUUAUUUAGACGCUGUAGAUGGACAAGCUUCAUUGUUUGAACCAAAAUGGGAACAUUAAACAAACAUCACAGCCCUCACUGAUAACAUUGUGACUUUGCUGUCAAGUGUAGAAUUCUCCCUUCAAGAAAAAGCUUGUGACCAUUUUGUAUGGCUUGUCUGGAAACUUCUGUAAAUCUUGUUUUAGUAAAAUAUUUUUUUGUUAUUCUACUUUGCCUUUGUACAGUUUAUUUUACUGUGUUUAUUUCAUUUUCCCAAUGUGACAAUCGUAUUUAAAAAUUAAAACUGAUGAAACACUCUGUUCUGGUCUUCACCGUCUGACAAAUUGAAUGGCAAGAGGUAGGUUUUGCCAGGUUCUUUUUACUGAUGCAGAUUUGUGUUUAAGCUAUCACUGAAUGGAGUAUUUUUAAGCUGGCCCUGAGCAUAUAUAUAAAGCAUCGGUACCUAAACUUUUUUUUACCGCCUAGAAAUUUGAAAUAAAUAUGUGUUGUCUGAUUAGCUAGAUGAUCAUUGGUGUCUUGCCACAGUGUUUGAAAAUUACUGUACAAGAGAGUCAUCAAAGCAGCAGUUGUGACUGACUUUACAUGUUGUGCCAUGUUUGUGACAGGCAUUGGGGUUAUGACCUUUUUCUUAGUUCUUGUCUGAAGACUUCAUGUGUGACCACUGGUGUGUGUUACUAGGAAACACCAGUCUGAUGAUCAUUUGGGGUUUGCUGAGGCAUUUGAGUUUUCCUUAGAGCCCUGACGAGCAACUCUUCAGCAAGCAGCUCGCCUAAGUGUCCUGUUACUGAUUCUUCCUUUCGUUCCUCUAGUGUUUGCUAUGGGCGCUCCUUUUAUUUUUUAGUUUGUUGUUCGGUAAUUUUUUCUGCAUUGACAGAGCUCCUCCCCUCACAAACUCUACUUUCCCACCCCUCUGCAUAUCUAAUUCUUGAUUCUUGUUUUUAAGUCAUCAAUGUAGCCAGUCUGAGUAUGUAAAUGUUAACCUGUGGGUCGGAACCCUGUCUCUCGCAGUUUUAAGAUAAUGGAUAUUAUAACCCAUCUGAAUUUCCCCCACUCUUACUCUUGUAACUUCUGGAGUUUCUUCAGAAUGUGGUGUAUUUUAUUGUGCUCCUAUGUAAGAUGGAGAAUUAUCUAUUAAAAUUACAUUUUCAACAUAAAGUUUUUGAUGACUGGUAACUGGCAUCCUACUAAAUAAAUGCAUUGCUUGGAAACAAAUGUAAGUAAUUCAUAAUAAAAUUGUUCAUAACCCUAA